AUGGUGAAAGCUUACAAGGCGUACCGGAGCGCGAAGGGCGGCGACUGGAAGUGCUUCAUCGCCCACGACGGCACCUCGUAUUUCAAGGGGGAUGUCGUCUACGUGGAAACGUGCGCAGCCGAGCCGUACUUGAUUGGGACGGUACAGCACUUUAAAAUGAACAAGCGCGACCAGCUGAGCGUCAAACUCCACCGCUUCUACCGACCCGACGAUGUGCCGGAGGACUCCCUCUCCCUGAUCCUCCAAGAGCGGUCCGAGCUCGAGAUCGAGCAGGAGCAGCUCGACCAGCUGGAGCAGGCCCACCAACGGGAAGUCUUCUCGUCGGAGAGCUCGCAGACGCACGCCGUCGGCGCAUUAAGAGGAAAGUGCCGCGUCUCGUUCGUGCGGGACCUUCGCUCGCUGGGCGACACCGACCUCACCCAGGACUCGGUAUUCGUCUCCUGCUUGACGUAUAACAACGACACGAGAAGGCUGGCUGCGAUACAGGGCGAGAUCCGGGUCGGCAGCGCCUACCAGGCCAAACUCCCGCCGGUGCCGACGUGCUUUGUAGCAGAAGAUGCCGAUCGAGAUGAGCAGCUCUACGUCCCCGACCAGAUCCCCAUCCACACCGAGGAGUGCUAUAUCAAGUUGGCCAGAACAUUCCGCAACACCUCCCUCAGCCACAUCCCACUUCCGGAAACGGAGAAGCGUGCCCGGUUAUGCGACAAGCUGACGAACGACGCCAUCGAGACGUUACACCGGAACGGGUACAACACCCUCAAGGCCGUCACCGUCAUGGAGGAGCAGGAUAGGCUUCUCGCGACCGACCUCGGCUAUAUGACCCCGGAGGACAUCAAAAAGUUCGGCAAGGGCAUCAAGACAUACGGGAAGAAUUUUGUGAAGAUUGGCAGGGAAUGCUUGCCGAUGUACAAGAGGGAGCAACUGGUCAGCUUCUACUACCACUGGAAGAAGACAGCCGACGCGACAAAGCCGAAAGCUAUUGGAAGGCCAAGGAAUCAGACACAAAUCGCGAGGAAACCAAAGACGAACAACAAAUCCUCCCGACCCGGCUCCACCGAACUCCACGAUUACGCAAGCGCAAGCGAGAGUGAAGUCGAGGCCGGAGAGAGCGACGGACGCCCGCUGAGAUACGCAUGCCAUCACUGCUACGAGUCGAAAUCCCGCGACUGGCAUCACGCCGGCCGUUCCAACCUCCUGCUCUGCACCCCGUGCCGCGUUUUCUUCAAGAAGUACGGCCAACUCCGACCCGUCGACCGACCGGCUACCGUCCCGCCCGAGUUGUUCAAGAACGAGGACGAUCUGCAGGAGGACUUUGGCGUGAGGACGAGGGCUGGCAAGGCCGGAAACGCAAGGAGAAGAUCGCCGAGUAUGGGAGACAGCGAGAGGAGAAGCCCUUCGCAAGCGCAGAGUAUUCAUGAGUUUGACCUUGAGAAGAAACCCCUGCACAAAAACGGCAAGCGAAAACGCAGCGCGGCCGUCAACCCGAACGGCACGCUGAAAAAGAAGAUCAAGGAGGAGGAGGACGACGACGUCGCUCCGAAGAUGGACGUCGACGUGAAACACGAGGCUAAGGAGGAGAAUGAUGAAAAGCCCUCGCCAUCCUCGUCUUCGAGCCUCUCUUCAUGCUCGGUCACUCCGUCUUGCUCCUCUGUACAGAAUGGACCUGCCGCCGUUCCAUCCCCGUCUACGGCCGCUGUAGCUCCAAAAACUGAUGUUGAUGGGGAGAUCGACCCGUUGUUGCCGGUUAAGACAGAGCCGGGCCAAGAUGAAGCCUCCUCCCCCACAUCCGCCGGCCCUCUUAUCAAUGGCAAUGGCCACGCGGCCGAUACUCGAACGGGUACCCCCGAAGGUGGCUAUGAAGCGGACGAGGAUGGCAAUGUGUACAUACCGGAUAAACCGGAAACGGCCUUAAUUACGGAUACGGUGGCGUUUACCUCCAAAAACUGCGAAUUUUUGCUGCAUCAAAAGUGGAGUGACGGGCAACGGGCGGCGAGGACCGACUUGAUGUACAGGAAUUUGCCGGGCUCCGACUGGGACCGCGGCCGCGAAGCCAUCAAGCUCGAGAAGGAAAAGCCAAAACUCGCCACCCCUCAACCCAAGAAAGAGCCCCAGCCCGUGUCCGUCUCGGCCACGCCCUCGUUUUCGGAGAUGCUCAACGGGGCGGCUGCCCAUGCUGCGCGAAGUAUGUCCGGAGGGGUCAACCCGAUGAACCAGGCCCCCGGAAUCCCGGCCGGAAUGCAGCCGAUCCACUUCCCCGGCGGGUUCCCCGGAAUGCCCGGCAUGCCGAUGGCCCAGCAAUUGGCCCUACACCAGGCUACGAUGGAGCACGUGCAGCAAGCGAGUCAGGCGAUGAACCAGCAGCAGGCGCUCCUUCGCAUGAUGCAAAUGCAAGGCCGGGGCGGUAUGCCGGGGAUGCACGGCCAGCAGCCCAACCCCAUGGAAAUGGCCCAUUUGGCGGCGGCUAUGCAAGAUCCGGCCGCCAUGCAGCGGUUGCAAAUCGAAGCAUUAAUGCAUCAACACCAAGCCCAACAAGCUCAAGCCCAGGCUCAAGCUCAAGCUCAGGCUCAAGCCCAAGCUCAAGCCCAGGCCCAGGCGCAGGCCCAAGCUCAAGCCCAAGCCCAAGCCCAGGCCCAGCGAGAGCGAGAAAACCGCGAGCGCCAGGAGCAGCAGGCCCGCCAGCAGGCCGAGCAGCAAGCCCAGCAAGCAGCCCAGCAAGCACAGCAGCAGGCCCAGCAACAGGCCCAGGCUCAAGCUCAGGCUCAAGCCCAGCAGGCCCAGCAGAACACGCUGGCCGCGAUGGCCGCACAGUUCGGAUUCCCACCCGGAAUUCCGAUACCACCGGAAGUGCAGAUGAUGAUGAUGCGCCAGGCGGAGGUAGCUGCUCAACAACAGGCCGCCAUGCAGCAACAAGCAAUGCAACAACAAAUGCUCAUGGCCCAACUUGGCAUGAACCCACAAAUCACCUCCGAAAUGAUGCGCCGACUCCAGAGCGAAGGCUUCCGCCAUCAA